GCAGGCCGGACCUGCCCGCCCGCCCGCUGACAGCAAGGCUUUGGGCGGAGGAAGCGGGUCGGUUGGUGGGUCGGGAACGAGGCUUCGGCGGCCAGGCCCGCGCAGAGCUGUUGCCAUGGCAGCCGCCGCCGGGGGCGCGGACGACGAGCCGCGCUCCGGCCGUUCGAGUUCGGAUGGAGAGUGCGCCGUGGCGCCGGAGCCGCUGACGGGCCCCGAGGGCCUCUUCUCCUUCGCGGAUUUCGGGUCCGCUCUGGGCGGCGGCGCGGGCCUCCCCGGACGGGCGUCUGGCGGGGCCCAGUCCCCGCUGCGCUAUCUGCACGUCCUGUGGCAGCAGGACGCGGAGCCCCGCGAUGAGCUGCGCUGUAAGAUCCCUGCCGGGCGGCUGAGACGCGCCGCCAGGCCCCACCGCCGGCUAGGGCCCACGGGCAAGGAGGUGCACGCCCUCAAGAGGCUGAGGGACUCGGCCAAUGCCAACGACGUGGAAACAGUGCAGCAGCUGCUGGAAGAUGGUGCGGAUCCCUGUGCAGCUGAUGACAAGGGCCGCACCGCCCUACACUUUGCCUCCUGCAAUGGCAAUGACCAGAUCGUGCAGCUGCUCCUGGACCACGGGGCUGAUCCCAACCAGCGAGACGGACUGGGGAACACGCCGCUGCACCUGGCGGCCUGCACCAACCACGUCCCUGUCAUCACCACGCUGCUGCGAGGAGGGGCCCGCGUGGACGCCCUGGACCGAGCUGGCCGCACGCCCCUGCACCUGGCCAAGUCCAAGCUGAACAUCCUGCAGGAAGGCCACUCCCAGUGCCUGGAGGCAGUGCGGCUGGAGGUGAAGCAGAUCAUCCAGAUGCUGAGGGAGUACCUGGAGCGCCUGGGGCGGCACGAGCAGCGGGAUCGGCUGGACGACCUCUGCACCCGCCUCCAGAUGACCAGCACCAAAGAGCAGGUGGAUGAGGUGACGGACCUCCUGGCCAGCUUCACGUCCCUCAGUUUGCAGAUGCAGGACCUGGAGAAGAGGUAGCAAGAGAGGCUCCCUGCCUUCCUGCUCGGCCGCUGCUGCCCUACCCCUGCCCCCGCUGCUCUCUCAUUACAAAGGAAAAGCCCAAACCUGGGACUUUGGAGCUGCCUGAGUCUGAUGCUGGAAAAUGCAAAGCAAGGAGAUUCUCCCCUCGGAUCUGUCUCCCCGCAGGGACCAGCCCUACUGACCGUUGGACUUUAGCCCAGUGAGUCUCAGUUUUAGAACUGUGACCACCAGAACUGUAAGAGAAUAAAUCCUUGUCCUUUUAAGCCA